GACGUGAUCGCCAUCAUCCUGCGCAACGGAGGCCGCGUCUCGACUGCGCUGAGUACCCCUGGCAUCACGAUCGACGCGUUCAAGGUCGACUGGUUGCGCGCCGUGGACCAAGGGGUCGGGGCGGACUUCGCGGGGGCCUUGCUCUGGCACAUCAUGAGGAAGCCCCCGGGGCGCCGCCGCGCGCUACAGAGCGACGAGAUGUGGAGGCUCAUCCAGGCGCACUACGACGCGCACUCGACGCCCGACCGCCUCCACGACUUCAACGAGCGCGCGGCGAAGCCCAAGAAAGCGCACCCGAAGUUCAGCGGCCAGGCGGCCACCCUGAGGCAUCUGAUCCCACUCUGCAAGGAAGCGGCCGAGACGCAUUGCGUUUCUGGGAGUGCCGUGGGCGACGCCGCGCUGAACGUCAUGCGCCACUUGCACUCCUGCUACCACACGUUGAGCGGCCAGUGCAUCUUCAGAAAGGAUCUGAUGCGCGACUCCGCCAGCAGGAAUUGGAGCGUCGAGCCGAAGGCGCACCUGCUCCUCGAGAUGGCCUUCGCGGGAGGGCAGCCGUCGCUGCGCUGGACCUACCGGGGCGAGGACUUCGGGGGCAGCGUGGGCCACGUGGCGAAGAG